UCGGGUUUCGGUGAGUCAUUUCAGUUCAGUGUGAGAAGGUUUUGAUGAGACUCGCGUAGACUUCGUUUGUGCGGUGUUGUGCUUCUUGCUGCUGUGCUGUGGUGAAGUCGCAAACAUUUUAGCAGUGAGUGAUUGGAUAUCGGUGCAAAAAGUGGAAAAACUAGUGAAAGGGCAGUUCCGUUUGCCUGUUAGCUUUGGUGGACGGAAAGAAAACAAUCGAUCGAGUCAAAUCGACGCCUGCAUCAACGGAAGAUGGAUUACUGAGAGCACACGAACGAUACACCGAAAAUUACCGAGUUCACUCCCUCUCUACCGGUUGUAUAGUUUGUACAUUAUUUUAAUUUCCUCACAUCAACGAAACAGCGAACGAAGACACCCCUUGAGGCAAUCAGUUCGACGAGGCAUGAAUUUGGGAAGUUCCGGUGGAACGAGCACGUCGGGUCAUUCGAGCAGCAGCUACACGGGUGCCGGCAGCGGAAGUUCAGUGGCAGGCGGGAGUAGCAGCAGCAACAGCGACAUGCCUGCCGAAAUCCGUCCCAAGAUGGUCACGGUCAAGCACCCGGAGUCCAACAAACCGAAACCCACCACCAAGAAGGGUAAAGCCAUCCAGGCCGAUGUCGACGUGAUCAAAGAGUUCCAGCGCUGCAAAGAGGAGGGCAUCCAACGGCUGGACCUAAGCAAAUCUUCCAUCACGAUAAUUCCACCCUCGGUUAAGGACUGCACCAGUCUGGUUGAGUUCUACCUGUACGGCAAUAAGAUAAGCUCUCUGCCUGUCGAAAUCGGUUGUCUUUCCAAUCUGAAAACCCUAGCACUGAACGAAAACUCCCUUACCUCGCUGCCCGAUUCCCUGCAGAACCUGAAACAACUCAAAGUCCUCGAUUUGCGACACAACAAGCUCUCGGAGAUCCCGGACGUCAUCUACAAACUACACACCCUUACCACGCUCUAUUUGCGCUUCAACCGAAUCAAGGUCGUGGGAGAUAACUUGAAGAAUCUCUCGCACCUGACAAUGCUUAGCCUGAGGGAGAACAAAAUCCACGAACUGCCGUCGGCCAUCGGGCACCUGGUGAACCUGACGACGCUCGACCUGUCGCACAAUCACCUGAAGCACCUGCCGGCCGAAAUCGGCAACUGUGUCAACCUGACGGCUCUAGACCUGCAGCACAACGAUCUGCUGGACAUCCCGGAGACGAUAGGCAACCUGGCCAAUCUGAUGCGACUGGGGUUGAGAUACAACCAACUGACAUCGAUUCCGGUAUCGCUGAAGAACUGCACCCACAUGGACGAGUUCAACGUCGAAGGCAAUGGAAUCAGCCAGCUGCCGGACGGUCUUUUGGCCAGCCUCAGCAACUUGACCACCAUUACCCUGUCACGGAAUGCGUUCCACAGUUAUCCUUCUGGUGGUCCAGCCCAGUUCACCAACGUGACCAGCAUCAACAUGGAACACAAUCAGAUCGACAAGAUUCAGUACGGUAUCUUCUCCCGUGCCAAGGGCCUCACCAAGCUGAACAUGAAGGAAAACGCCCUGACGUCCCUCCCCCUAGACAUCGGCACUUGGACGCAGAUGGUUGAGCUCAACUUCGGCACCAACUCGCUGACAAAGCUCCCGGACGACAUUCACUGCCUGCAAAACCUGGAAAUCCUGAUCCUGUCCAACAACGUCCUGAAGCGAAUCCCCAACACGAUCGGUAACCUGAAGAAACUCCGGGUACUGGAUCUAGAAGAGAAUCGACUCGAAUCGCUCCCUUCGGAGAUCGGUCUACUGCACGAUCUUCAGAAACUGAUCCUCCAAUCCAACCAGCUGACUUCCCUGCCCCGAACCAUCGGGCACCUAACGAACCUGACGUACCUGUCGGUCGGCGAGAACAACCUCCAGUUUCUGCCGGAAGAGAUCGGCACGCUGGAAAACCUCGAGUCCCUCUACAUCAACGACAACGCCUCGCUGGUGAAACUCCCGUACGAGUUGGCGCUGUGCCAGAAUUUGGCCAUCAUGAGCAUCGAAAACUGUCCCCUGUCGGCGCUGCCACCGGAAGUGGUCAGCGGUGGUCCGAGCCUGGUGAUACAAUACCUAAAGCUCCACUCGCCGUACCGACAGAUGUGAUUUGUUCCAGCGGCGUAAACUGGAACAGAAACUGUGUUGUAUACAAAUUUGGUUGUUUUCUCUGCGAUUUGGUUAGUUGGUUGGUUGGUUGGACGAUUCGGGCUGAGAGCCCGGACGAAGGCAAUUUGUUUGACCUUGUGCAUGCUGAUAGAAGGGACGACGAUGGAGAGAUGAAACGAUGCAUGCAAAUCAUGUUGGCAAAGAAUGUCCGACCUGCAUGGAAAGUGGCGGCGGCUUUCUUGAACGAGCAUGCACCACUUGCAGGUAACGACGAGCGGAAACACGAACGAAAUGUGUGUUUCGCGUAAUAUUGUUUUAUUUUUAUUGAACGAAGCGGAAGCAGUUUUGGUAAGAAACAACAAAUCAAUGUGAUUGAAAUAAAAGCUUUAAUAAUAUUGCUAUCUAAAGGAAGCAAAUAAGCAAAAAAACUAACUAAUAUGGAAACAGAACAAAAUGUUGCAAAAAUCGACAAUGUGUACAGCAGCAAAAUGAAAUCCGUUAAACUUAAGCUGAAUCAGAUUUGUAAAAACCCGUUGGUGUAUAUCAAUUUAUGGGACGAUUCGAGCGCAGCCUGAUGAACGCGGUAGUGAAAAUAAGGAGCUGGCGCCACGCGGCAUCGUCAUGAGAUACGAGCAGCUGAUCAAUGUUUCCUCUAUUACUGAAACUAUCCAUCGAAGACGAUGCCGGGGCGACGAGUGGCACCAAGGAUCAGUGACGCGAGACGAUCGACCACCCAGACUACGACGGUACGCAAGCAAAAGAGGUAUCAAAUUACGCUCCCGUUUCCCGCUAGCUGCGGGUCUCACACACACAUUCUAUCGCAAAGCAACGCUUUGCAUCUUUUAGCCAUAUAGGUAUCUAAAUCGUAAGGCGCAGACACAUCCAAGAAAUAGGGGAUAUGUAACAGGACAGAAGAAAAAAAAACGGCAAAGGAUAAUCCCCUUUCGGAGUUCUUAUUUGUUUGUGCACAGAACCGCAGAAGCGGCACUUGUUUUUUGGGGAAAUUUGAUCUCAUGUUUUAGCACAAAACCGUUUGUUUGCAAAUUUAGUUACCGAUCAGAAAAAAAAAUGCAUUGAAGCCGUAUUGGUUACGUUUCGUAUAAACUAGCUUUGGCAAACGUUAAGGACGUAUACACCGUAUUAAUUUGUUAACUCGAUGCAAUCUAACGAACAAACACUCGAUUUCAACUGGCAAUCAGUUUUUUUAACUCUAUUCGACUAGUGACUAGAAUAAUUUACGAUAAUGAUCAUCAUGUAUCGAAAUGCUCUAUUGAUAUGCAUGUUAGGUUUAUGCGAUAUUUAGAGAAUCAUUAGGAAAUUUUGUCCAAUCAGCAAUAUUGUUCGAAGGUAUGCAUGAUAGUCUCUUAUUAGUUAUUAUAUUUUAUCCAACCGUUUUUUUAAACUUCUACAUCGCAAAGGUGCUCAAUUUUGUCGUUUGAUUAUUCUAUUUUAAUUUUAUACAACCUUUUUUUUACUUAUGACACAAGAUAUAAUCAAUUACAACGAAUUCAAACCCGUUAUUCAAAUUAUUAUAAUUUGUACUCACAGCAUAACCUUAAAUAUAAGAAAAGAAUAUUUUAAAAAGUUUGGGCACAGUAAACCUUUGAAAAUGCUGUUCAUUCGUGUAAAACGCAAUCUGGAUGCGGGGAUAUACCAUUGAGCUUGUAACGACCUUACCAGAACUUGUACUAUUCCUCUAGCGAAAUUGUUAUGGUUUGCUCCUAUAUAACAUAGGAACAGCCUUUUCAAAUGUUGCUCACUAUUAUAAUAACCUGAUAGCAUUUGUUCUUCCUCUCUUAACGCUAAAUAAACUUAAUUUUCUUUAGUAGACAAAAACAAACUAAAAUCACAAAAAUCUAGUCAAAGAAUUACAAAAAAAAAUGCUAUCAAAACCUUCCAGCGCAUCACUAGCUCCAUAUCGUUUGCAUCGAUGGUUUGUAUUACUAUUACAUUUAUCGCUUCCCAUUUGUUCGUGCACUGUUAAGACGUUGAAACCGUGAUUAUUUGUUUUUCGGUUGACACAAAAAAAAACAAGCAAAAUGAAAUGAACUGGCCUAAUAAACUAGUAAAUGAAAGCCAACCAUUAACGUUGUAAAAUGACAAAACAAACUACAAUUAGG